AUGGAGGGCGAAGUCUCGGCAGAAGCUGCAGCUCUGCGCGACCCCGCAGCAGAAGCCCUCGGGACAGCGGCAGCAGCAGGAAACGGGGCUUCGGGGACGCAGCAGCAGCCGCAGGACGAGCGCGAGCUGCAGCACGACGAGCAGCAGCAGCAGCAGCAGCAGCAGGAGCAGCAGAACCACGCAGAAGACAGAGCCAGCAGAAGCAGCAGCAGAAGACCCUCUGCUGCAUGCAGCGCUGGAGAUGAAGAGGAAGUGAUUUACUCUGACCACGACGGGCCUCCUGAGGAGGUGCAGCAGCAACAGCAACAGCAGCAGCAGCAGCAGCAGGCUGAAGAAGAUGACGCUGCUGAGACGGCUGCAGCAUCUUCGGGAGAGGCGAAGCUUCUGCAGGAGCAGCAGAGGGAUCCGAAGGCUGGCAGCAGCAACAGCAGCAGCAGCAGCAACGGCCCCGCGCUGCAGCAGAAAAGCGACAGGGCAUCUCCCCAGCGGAGCAGCUCGACAACAACGCUGAACGGGGCAGCAACAGCAGCAGAAGGCGAGGCAGCAGCAGCAGCACCAGCAGAGGAGAGCACCGCAGCAGCAGCAGCGCGAGCCACAGAAGUCGGAGCAGCAGCAGCAGCAACACUGGCACGAUUUGCUGCUGCUUGCGAAGAGAGCGACGAAGAGGGGGCCAUUUCCGAUGAGGAAGAAGGCCUUUCUGCUGAAGCAGCAGAAGCAGAGGCAGCAGCAGCAGCAGCAGCAGCAGUUGCAGCAGCAGCAGCUGCAGCAGCAGCGGGCCAGAGCAGCAGCAGCACAGUGGAGCUGCUCAACGCGCCGCUGAGCCUCGAUGUUGCAGCAGCAACAGCAGCACUUAAGGAGGCCUGCAGCAGUUUGCUGCUGCGGGUUUCCUCCUCUCCGUCCCUUUCUGGAGACAGCCUGCAGCUUUGUGUCACCUUCAGCAGCAGCUUAGCAGCAGCAGCAGCAGCAGCAGCACUUAACGGCCGCAAGGCCUGCAGAAGGGUCCUGCGGGCCUCGCUGGCGGGGCCACCCCGGGCCCCCCGCUGA